AUGCCCGACGAGCAUCGUAUAGAUCGGCGCGAUGGUGUUGAGGGUCCAAUGAUCGAGGAGGAUGCCAUAUCCGACACCAGCACCGCUGGGGAAUCUCGGGAGGAAGUGAGAUUCGGCGUGGUCAAUAGUCGCGAUGUUGAAGCAGGACUUAAUCUGCCAGAGUUGAAGACCGAGAAGUCUGCACGAUCGCUGAAGGAUCCCCACCUAGUCACUUGGGAGGGUUCCGAGGACCCGGAGAAUCCGAAGAAUUGGACGUAUAGGAAGAAAUGGGCGGCAACUCUGAUUGUAUCGUCGUUUACGUUUAUUUCACCAGUGUCAUCGUCUAUGGUGGCGCCGGCACUCGAUAAAAUCGGCCAGGACCUGGGAAUCACCCAGGAUCUCGAGAAAUCAUUGACCCUGUCUAUCUUCAUCCUCGCAUACGCUAUCGGGCCGUUGUUUCUGGGCCCUUUGUCAGAGAUAUACGGUCGAGUCAUCGUUUUGCAACUGUCCAAUCUGUUCUAUCUGGCCUGGAAUAUUGGAUGUGGCUUUGCUCAGACUCAAGGUCAACUCAUCGCAUUUCGGUUCCUGAGUGGCUUGGGUGGUAGCGCACCUUUGGCUUUAGGUGGAGGUGUAUUGAGUGAUUGCUGGCGUGCAGAAGAACGUGGCAAGUCCAUCAGCAUAUACUCUCUUGCGCCACUCCUGGGUCCUGCAGUUGGGCCGAUCGCCGGCGGAUUCAUUGCGAUGAAGACAACUUGGAGAUGGUGCUUUUGGGCGACCUCGAUCUUGGAUGCUGGUAUCCAAGUUCUCGGCUUCAUCUAUCUGCGAGAGACCUACGCGCCAAAACUGUUGAAUGACAAGGCAAAGAGGCUUCGGGACGAGACAGGCGAUCCCAGCUAUCAUACUGAGUGGGAUCGUCCCGAUAGAACACUGGGAAAGGUCCUCCGCACGAGCCUCGUCCGUCCAUUUCGUCUUCUUGGAACACAACCCAUCAUUCAGGCGGUGGCUCUGUAUAUGGCGUACCUCUACGGUCUCAUGUACCUUGUCCUGUCCACUUUCCCCACAGUCUGGGAAGGAAUCUACGGCGAAUCGGUCGGCGUGGGUGGUCUCAACUACAUCUCCCUAGGGGUUGGAUUUUUCUUGGGUACACAGAUCUGCGCUCCAAUCAACGACCGGAUUUACCGCAAGCUGAAGAAGCGAAACAACAACGUUGGGAGACCCGAAUUCCGUGUCCCCCUGAUGUUCCCGGGAGCUGCCCUUGUGCCGAUCGGUAUUUUUAUUUAUGGCUGGGGCGCAAGAGCAAGUGUACACUGGAUCGUUCCUAAUAUUGGAGCUGCGUUGUAUGCAGCAGGCACCAUUAUGGGCUUUCAAUGCACGCAGACCUACAUUGUGGAUGCAUACUCUCGGUUCGCGGCUUCAGCCGUCGCAUCUGCCGUGGUGCUGCGAAGUCUCGCAGGAUUUGGAUUUCCUCUUUUUGCCCCCUACAUGUACCAAGCCCUCGGAGUGGAUUGGGGAAACUCGCUGCUGGCGUUCCUUGGGAUAGGACUUGGUAUCCCGGCACCAAUCCUACUCUGGAAGUACGGCGAGACUCUGCGGAACAAGAGCACCUACGCAGCUGGGUGA